AACGUACGCGCAUUACAUGUAAUUCGUACUGGCUACAUCGCAACAGUUUAUUUAUCAACGCAGGGAGCGAAAUGUUGCGUUGAACUUAUUUAUUGUCACCCAGUGCCAUUAAUUCUCCCAUCACCGAUCUCUCGCCCCUUGACUGAACGCCAAAGCCAUCUCUUCGAGGUUAAACUGUGCAAAAAAGAGUGAAACAGCGGUGGCAAAUGCCAAUUAGCAACAAAUAUUUCAGCGACAAAGGAAGGAAAUAGUGCCCCUAUUAUCCCCCCAGUGAAUCCCUUUAUUGUCCAUUGAGCCACUGGUGCAGACAAAUAUUGCUUGCUGUUUUAUUCUGAGUGCGAAAAUCCGGAGCUCUUGAGAAAAUCAGCGACAACUACAACGUAUAUACAAUUACUUGGGGAGCAAAUGGGACGCCAGUGGUCGAUGACUCCAUGAUCAUUCGGAGGGAAUUGUGAGGGCUCGGAAAAUGUGAUUACACCGGCUUCCAACGAAACUCGAAAGUGAUAGAACUUGAGAACUUUUUUUUUACUCGUUUGUAGACAGCUGAUUAGUGAGGGGUUAUUGCAACAUUAGUUCAUUAGGAAUAUUGAAAUUAUGUCUGUGACUCCGGCGGUUGUGAACAAAUUCCUGAAGACGCUGCGGGAGAGCAAUAGCAUUGCGGAAAAAUGGACCGCCCUAACCUGCAUAACGAGUCAUGCCGGGAAGGGCCUGUCUCAGACAUUGACAAAGGCUCAGUUCACCGAACUCUGCACGCAAUUAAUCGCCAUGAUCACAAGCUGUGAUGCAAAGAUCCAAAGCGACGUGACCAAGUUAUUUAAUAUUAUUCUUAAGGAGUUUAUUAAUAGUGACCCGGUUCUGUUUGGACUUGCACUGAGGAUCGACAGGAGCAAACGAUUGACGUUCUUCGAUUUUUUGAAGACCGUGGACAUGACAGUACUCACCCACCUCCUAACGGAUCAGGAUGUCAUCAGAUUCUUUGGGGACUGCCUCCAGGGGAUCAGCUCGGAGUCGAUGAAGUGGCUGGCGAAGGAUCCAUCCCCAGCGAAUAUCGAGGUCCUCAGGAAGGCGGAUGCGAGACAGUUGGAGGGCAAAGAGGAUGUGGAGCACAGGUUAAUUCUCAAGGUCAUAGAGUUCUUGCAGAGAGUGUAUGAUCAUGCCUCUGAGACUGCUACCUUUAACAUUUCACAGUUUCACCUCCUAAUCCUGGACAAAGUGGCAACUCUAGCGUACAUGGGCCACUCAAAACAGCGUGACCCAGCCCUGAAGCUCCUGAAGACCGCGGUAUCCCAGGGCCUAGUCGCCCACGUGCGAGAGAAGUUCCCCACCUCGUGGCAGGCCUUCAAAGCGAACCUCUCCGAGGUGUUCAGCCCCAGAAUGACCCUGCUGGUCUCCUACAAGUACGCAAUCUGGUCAAGCCUCUGGUCCCUAACGAUAAAAAUGCUGGGCACAGAGGCCCACAAGAACUCAGCCCUGAUAAACGAGCUCCUCCUCGUCGAGGAGAAGGCCUUCAAAUCCUCCGAAACCGAAGUGCGAAAGCAAGCCUUCCUCUGUUGGAAAUACUUGAUCGACAAUUUCGCCCUGAACCCCGAGGAGUUCAACAUCUGGAAGCGAGUGAAACUCCUCUGCAUCCCCCUGAACGCAAAGAACAGUAAAAUCGAGGUGAUAGCCCUGACGAAGCUGGAGGUCUGGUGGCACCUGAUCGUGACAAUGUUCACGAAUAAGACGACAGACCACGUGGCCCAGGUGAUCAUUCAAUUCCUGAACUUCUGCUUUGGCCCCCUCGGAGACACCCCCCUCCUCUCGAAGAAGCAGAACCUCGUGGCAUCCCCAGGGAAGAUCUUCUUCAAAACAAAGAUCUGUGCCAUCGACGCUCUCCUCCAGAUGAUGGUGAUAAAGGAGAAAGAUCGUUCCCUGAUAACCUCAGUCCUGAAGGAGAGACUGCCCACAGCGAUUCCCAUAAAAAUGUUCGAGGAGCACCACAAGUCCUUCCUGCACAGUGUCUCCGAAGCCGUCAUAAUGAUGAGCAAUCUGACCAACGACGACCUGAAGAAUCGUCACAAACUCAACACAAUCCUCUUCACCAACCUGAUGGACUACAUAGUUCGCUCGAGCCACGAUAAAAAACCUAACAUGUACAAGGAAUUGAUCCUGGUCACGAACGAGAUGAUAAGCCACUCUGACGACUCCCCAAUGAUCACGGACUUGAUUCUGUACUACAUCCUGCCCGAGCUGACGAAGGUGUCCGACCAGCUGGUGUACCGAGACAACACUCUGAUAGAUCUACUGAAGAAGAUCCUGACCCCCUCGAUUCUGGAGCGCGUCCAGACGAGGAAUAUCGACGACAUCAGAGAGCUGAUUGAGCGAGCAGUGAUGCCAUCCAUCACCGAGAUGUACCACCCCCACAUCCUGCUGUUCAUAAAGUCCCUCCUGGAGGGAAUGUCAGCAGCACUAGUGAAGAAGGUCCAGCAGUCCCUCCUCCUGGACUUGUGGUGCAUCCUGGCUGACAUAAUGACUCGAUACAUGGGAGACGACCAACCGAUCAACGAAGGGACCGAUCUCUCCCACAACCUCUCCACCAUGGAGACCCUGGUGAAUUUCCCCUUCAAAAGUGACAUCACAUACACCAGAUCUCAAGUGAACACUGUCGCUGUGUACUGGCGGCACCUGUACAAGGCGUUUGACCAGCAAGCAGACAGAAUUCCCAGUGUAAAGCACAAUUUAAUUCUGAAUACAACAGCCAAAGUGAUGGUGGAGGCCCUCUCGAGGUCUGAAAAUUACUUCGUCCUGCUGGCCCACUGCCUGACACCCCUCAUGGAGACGAUAAACUACGAGCGACUCCCCAUGACCGGACAAGUCCCAGCCCUGGUGUACGUUCUGCGUGACGUGCUGAUGCUAUCACUCAAGAACAACUGCCACGAAGAGGCAGAACUCGCUCUAAAAUCCAUGGACGCCUACCUGAUAUCAGUCUUCGGUCUCAACAACGGUCCCAGGACUCUGCUGUACCUCGAGGGACUGAGGCCUGCGAUCGAGUUUCUGCUGCACGAUAACCUGACAGUGGAACUGGAAACAGAAGUUUUAAAUUGCCUAGAACACAUCAUCUUCAUCAUCGACAAGAGUGCGGAGGCAUUGACAGUGAAGUUCGUGGGGUCCUUCAGGCAAAUUAUCCUGAUGGCUCGACGUCACAAAGACCCCUCGAUCUCCCUAGCCGUGAGGAAGCUCCUGGAGAUGAACCCCCAUGUGAAGGACGACGUCAGACACCUCUUCUCAAUAAUAGAACAAGAGGUUCAGAAUCCAGUGGUGAAGCGCCCAGAGAUCCUUCCCUUCGAGAGUAAAAUCGUGAGACCUGUUAAGAUCGUUGGGAGCUUCCUGGGGAAGGUGAUAGAGCCCUCGAAGACGUUCAAGCCCCCAGAGGUGAAGAAGGACGUCAAGAGGAUGACGCCUCUCCCCCCGGACCCAGACUCCCAGGACUACGUGGUAAUAAAGUCUGAUCCAAAGUUCGAUGUGAACAGGUUGACUGAGCACCAGAAGGAGUGCCUCAAACGUCGUCGAGAGGACCUGGCCAUCUUCAAUGAUGGCUCUCAGUCGGCGUCGACGGACACCCAGGACAUCCAGCAGUGGUUCGAGCAGUCCAGACUGAGGAAUGAGUCGAAUAAGGAGAACACGAUGACUGUGAGAGACGCCCCUUCAUCCUCCAAGCAGGAACCAAAGAGUAUUCCAGUGGAGUCAGGGAGUAGAGGAAUGCAGGUUGAAAAGACCCCAGUUGUUGACGCAAUCAGCCCUGAGGAUGGGAUUGUGACCGAGGCAUCUGGGAGUGGAGUCUCUCAAGAGAUAGUUAAAAAACUGGACUUUGAGUCGAGGGAGGAAUUCCCAGAGGUCAACGACGCUGAACCCAAGGAGAAGCCGCUGCUGGGGGUCUCCUCGCCGCAGUCCUCAGCGAAGUCGAGAAGAGGAAGGGGGGGAAGAGGCAGGAGGAGCCACCUGGAGGGCUACGACACGAUGGACAGACACCUCAAGCGAAAAGCAGGUUCCGAUGGAGAUCCUGACGCCUCGGAGAGGAAGAAGGUGAGGAAACUCGACGAGAGUUACUCUGAGGGGAUUCACACAACCGAGAGUCAGCCAGAGCCCCACCUCCCCAGGAGUCAGGAUCCCCCUGGGGUUGAGAAGCUCUCUGAGCACGCGAGGAGAGAGAUAUCGAGACUGAAGAUCGAUAUGGUGGCUGACUUUGUCUUUCCCACUGUCGGUGGACGAAGGAGAUCUAAACACAAGGGAGAAGAUCCCGACGACCCAAGGCCCAGAGCCCUGAGAUCAGCCGAGCGAGAGAUGGACAACGAGCAGAGCCAAGAAUUACUGAAGAAAAGAAGAAGACGAAGCGGCAAAAUCGACCCCGAGGCUGCGAAAAAAGACCCCCGAGACCAGAAGCUAAACAGCAGUACAGACUCUGAUGACAAAUCAGUGGAGUCCCACCAGGACGAGGAGGAGGCCUCCAAACCCAGUGGAAAAUUAUCUGACGACCUAUUCUGUUACGAUAAACCAGCGGAGGCCAGUGAUCACGACGAGGUUGUGGAGAGCUCGCAGGAGCCCACAGUCCUGCGCUCCCCAAAGCGCCUUCAGCCAAGAGCAGAGGCAUCGUCUCCAUCGACAUCAAGGCCAGUGGCAAAAUCCCCAGGCCCAACGAGUCCGAAGAGGCAAAUGGCCAGCGAUCCAGACGAGACCUUCGUGGAGGAGGAGAAAAUCCCCGAGAAGAUCCCCAUCGAGGACCCCAAGAAAACCCCCGAGGACCCCACAAAGUUCCCAGGUCUGGCGUCCUUCACAACGUCAGUCCUGGCGUCGUCGUCCCCUCAGACGAAUCAACGUCGGCUUUUCAACAUAAGAAAUCGCCAGGGCAUGUCGCCCCACGGUCGUGGCGCCCACAUGGUGGGUCUCCUCUCAGCAGCACCUCUGAGUAAGGAGAAACCUGAGGAGGAGCUGAGGAAAGAGCCAGAGCCCGCCCAGAGGACUCGUCCAGCCAUUCUCAGGCACUCUGAGAGGGUUGCGAGCCCCAGUGGCAGUCGCCAGGAGAAGAUCUUCAACAAUAUGAAGGGCAGCGACUUCUCCCAGUCGCCCUUCAGCACCCUGAGGAACGACGGUGAGAGGGUCUCCCCGAAGAGGGACAAGCCCCCAGAGCAGACGCCCUUGGACCACGACUACGCUGAGCCCAAGAACGUCAACACGACGAUUGGAUCAGAACGAGAGCUGCCGAUGCUCGAGUGGUCGAGUGCCAAUCCCCCCUCGUUGACAGCAUCCCCUGGCUCCUCGAUCCUAAAACGCCACAAGUCACUGCCCCUGGACACUGACCCUGACGUCACACCCAAACGCAAACGCGUGAGCUUCGCUGAUCCCCCAGUGUUCAAGGAGAUGUGGUACGUACCCUCGACAUUUAAAUCCACGAAAACAGGAGGGCUGCGCUCCCCGGGGAGAAAAGACACCCCUCUGAAGCCCAAGCCUCGCCCCAGGGUGAUAGUCACAGUGGCAGACCCCUUGGAAAUCGAGGAGCUCGAGGGCCUGAGUGAGGUUGACCUCCAGCGAGAGAAGGACAACGAAAUGCUUGCAAAGAUAGCUGACGACCUGGAGGAGGACGACGACGUGAACUUCGACUCGGACGACGAUGGAGAGGACAAAGAGGUGAUCGAGGAGCCAACGGACCUCGAUCUCACGAAGACCGACGACGCAGUCACCCAGACAAUCUCCAACACGUCCCUCCCGGAGUCCCAGAGUCAGAAUGACGCGACCAACAACAACUCCAAAUCCCUCGAGAAACCGAGACUGAACCUCACUGACGACUCCAUCUUGAGCAGGAUCCUGACCGAGGGGCGAGGGCCCAAGCCCCAGGAGCUGGAGGAAACCCUGGACAUUCAGAACUUGAGCACCUUCAACUCGUCAGCCAACUCGGACGAGCUCUUCGUCGCCAAGGUCCCCAGGACGAGCACUCAGAUCGCUGCGAUGGCAGCAGCUGCUGAGGCCGACACCCUCCCCAUAACGGACUCGAUGUUCCUGAGCCAGACGAUGAGCCAGUGCAGUCAGGGCACCCAGAACAGCAUUAAUAUUCCAGUACUGGAGCAGUUGGACUCGAUCUCGCCGAUCUGCCACGCACUCAUCGGCUGCGAGGAGCCCCUCAAGACCAUCGUCAACGACCUGACGAAUCCCCUGUGGGUCUCACACCUGUCCAACUGGUUCCAGGAGAGGGGGCUCAAGACCAUCGGGGACCUCGCGAGGAUGACGGAGAAGGAGGUGGCCGACAUACCAACGAAAGGAAACCCAAAAGCCGAUUAUGUCAAGGAGAUCCUCAACAAAUUCGCCAAGAGUUACCUCACCGACUUGAUCAUGGAACAGAGUCUCGAGAGUCCAGAGGGCAAAUCGAGUGGGGGCGAGCACGUGGAGAUCAUUGAAGAGACCAUUGAGGUGCACCCUGAGGGGGACGACGAGGACACCCUGAGUGCCACCAGCGAGGACACCACGACAGCCUCGAUUUCCAUGAACUCUCUGGACAACUCCAAGGGGCACAUGGACAUCGAGAGUGUCCAGACGCAGGAGACUGACUAUGGCUCCAUGAUCAUCAACACGACCAUUUCCCCACCUGCGAAGACGUCGACUGGGAUCGGGCUCCCUGAAGUGAGCUCCUCGAUAAGAGUCGACGAUUCGCAGGAGGUGGAGGAUGUGGUGCACCCCAACGAGUGCGAUUUCGAGGAGGGGUUGGUGCAGGUGGGGGGGAAGAAGUUCAAGCUGCAGGAGGCGCAUGGCGAGGGGGUCGACAACGCCGGGGGGGCUGACCUCAUGCUGGGGGCUGCCUUCUGCAUAAUCGGUCUCGAUGGGAUCCUCACCAAGCUGGAGGAGAGUUAUGGAAAGGACAAGGAGUUCGCCUCGAAGAUCCUGAGGGCGUAUGGGGCGAGGAUAAAGGCUGAGGACGUCAAGGAGCAUUUGGAUAUUGAGAUGAUCAAACAGGUGGUGAGGGAGAAAUUCUCGGCGACGGAGGUGUGUGAGCUCGCGUCUGAGGUGAUUGAGGGGCAGGAGAGGGAGGGGGAGGUGGCGGAGACAUUGGGGCGGUUUUUGAAACGAGUACCGAGGGAGUUGGUUAGACAGGCGGUCGCCGACGAGGACGUUGUCCCUUCUUCUGUGGUUCUUGAUGUCGCUCUGGAGAAGAACAGUGCUGAGGCUGUUGCGAAUGCUGUUGUGGCGAGAUUUCCAAUGGUUGUGGAGAGCAUUCUGGAGGGGAGGAUGAAUGGGGAUGGGGCACUUGUCGAUUUAUCUGGAUUGAGCAAAAUGUCGCGCGAGGAACUGCGGACGGUCUUUGGUGCUAUUGCAGAGCGGAUGGACGAUGAGGAGCUUUUGGAGGCGUCUUACGAGGCCAUGAGGAAGAAGAUGAAGAAGUAGUCGGGGGGCACUGGGGGACUUGGGAAUUGAGGCGAAUUUCUCCUUGUGACGCUGGUGAUAAUAAUGAUUAUUAUCUAAUCGUUUUUGAGAUCACAGCGAUGUAAUCGUGGGGGAGAGGCACGUUUACCUCAAGUGGAAUGUCAAAAGCAUUUCUUCAUCGAUGAAUUUUGAAUACGUUAGCACAAUGUACAUAUUGCGAACACUCGUUGAAUCUUGAGCUUUAAAGGCUCGAACGAGAUCUUGUAAAAAUAAUACAUUCAUUAUGACUAUUGUCGACUAUUGAGAGUUGAUUAAAUCUGUAUGGAAUUAUAUCGCCUCAGGCUGAAUUUCAUAAAUUAAUGUACUGUUAUCUUCAUUAACAAUAAAAUAAUUUUAUAAUAAA